GUUAUCCGUGGCAUCGGUUCAUCCGAAACUAAGGGUUUAAUACCGGACCACAUUAACCCGCGACACAGGCAUUCAGUACUACAUAUGAUUAUAUUUUGCUAUGUUUAGGCUUCCGUGUUUUUUUCCUGACCUUUCCUUUGUUUUCCGAAGCAAAUAAUAAGUUAAGCUACAAAAACAUCUUAUAUAACGUGAAGUUAACUUUACUUCUACCGUAGCUCACGCAACCGGAACAGUCCUUCCGUUCACACGGUGUUCAGAUAGAAAGAGGUCACGUUUAACUUAGCUUUACGACAAAAUUGUGAAAAGCAGAGGAACGCAAAAUGAUGUUUCCUCAUAUACAAUACUGUAACCUCACUGUAGCUCAUAGCUAGCUAGCUAAUAUCAAUUUAUAAAGUAACGUUAGUGGCCAUUAUCAAAGGGUUAUGUGCUUCUUUGUGUUAUUCUUUAUCAGAUGAAGCUUCUGAUAAGCGACGGUGUUAAUGUAUAGAGACCCACUAGAGGGCGCCAUGUUAACGGUACACACUUAGAAAAAGCUGGGAACCACUUUCUAAGUCACCCAUCAUUAAGGUUUUAUAAAUAAUAGAGUUAUAAAUUAUUUAUAUUUUUACCAUUUACUAAUGCUCUAGAGAUAGGCUACGUCACAAGCCAUUCUUUAAAACGUUUGGGUUCAAGUUUGUGACAUUUCUCUGGCUGGUAAGUCAUUAAUAUAUUCAAAUAUGAAUUAAGGGUAACAAGUGUCUCUAAUUAGUUAAUAAGUAACCAAUAACAAGGUCACGUGUGUCUCACUUUCUAAUAAGCCAACAGCAAAACUACUUCAUCUGUUAUUAGAAAUGUCAAAACGUUUUAUUUUUUAACAAUCCAUCAAAUCUUUAAUUGUAAAUGUUAAUAAGUUAUUAAUAACAUUAUUUUGGUCCAGAUGCCUUGCAGUAUUUUUCUACAAGGUCAAAGGUCAAUUAGAACUUUUACCUGGUCAAAUAAAAAGUAAAGUAUCUGGAGGAUGAUAACCUAACAGCCCCACAUUUGCAUGUAUUAACAGCUAAUUUGUGAACUAUAAAACAUUAGUCAAUUAUUUACUAAGCAUUAAUGAAGCCAGGAGUUACAACUGAACAUUUUACAUUCAACCUGUUGCGUGUCUGAUAACAACGUAACACAUGUUUCAAGGUUUCUCUCUUCUUUGUUGUAGGCAAGACAGACGGACUGAACCAGAACAUGUCAGGGUUGAAACAUCACAUGUCGCUGCCUGUGUCGGUGGGGGUCCUGUUGGUGGGCCUCCCUUACUCCAUCUCUCUAGCGGCCCAGUGGCUUUAUGGCUGGCCCAACAAGCCUGGAUACAAGAAGUACAUAGAAGCUCUGAAACCACGAAGAAUAUACUGUUUGACCAAAGCUGUGCUGGAGACUCUCAAAUACCUGCAAUACGGGAGACUUUACUUUCAGUGGAAGUCAUGGUACAAGAAUGAGGAGAACCGCAAGCACUACGAGAAGGGCAUCACGUUUGGCCGCCGAAGCAACAAGCUGGACUUGUACCACCCUCCCAACGUGGACAGGUCCAAAGGCGCGCCCGCUCCGCUGGUGGUGUUCAUCUACGGAGGCGCGUGGGGCUCCGGAGAUCGAUCCAUUUACUGUCUGCUGGCGAGGCAGAUGGCCGAAGAACUGAGCGCAACUGUCAUUUGUCCUGAUUACUUCGUCUAUCCACAGGCGAACGUUUUAGGCAUGGUCCAAGAUAUUGCCGACUGCUUGGUUUGGGCCCAAGAGAGUGGACAGAAGUUCAACUUUGAUAAAGACAACAUAGUAUUAAUUGGCCAUUCGGCGGGUGCUCAUCUGUGCUCACUGACCACGCUGUUUCUCAUCGAUGCAAGAGAGGAGCUUUUCUUAGAGGCGAGCCAGCAGAGGGACGUCACGCUGGCCAUAAGAGGAGUCAUUGGUCUGAGCGGCGUGUACAACGUCAUGGACCACUACGAGCACGAGCAGAAGCGGGGAGUGGAGUACGUCUCCACCAUGCACAAAGCCAUGAAUGGAGUGGACAACUUCCCGUACUACUCACCGACACACCUACUGAAGGAGUUGAGCCGGGACAAGCUGGACAGAGUGCCUCCGUUCGCUUUGCUCCACGGGACCGAUGACAUCAUCGUGCCCGUCGCUUCCUCCGCGAAGUUCUGUGACCUCCUCACCUCGCUGUCCGUGAAGGUGUCGCUCUACCUGCUCCCCAGGGUGGACCACACCGAGAUCGUCACCGACCUCAUGGUGCCAGACCGCCGCUUCUACCAUCCCAUCUACAGCUGCAUCAAACAGGAGUACAGGAAAAUGCUGGGCGCCUGCUGACGACCCAUCGGAUCCAUCCAUCUAUCCAUCGCUAGUAUUUACUGAUUGUGCCAUACUCUUACUUUGUUUACAUCACCUGCUCUAAUACCUCAACAUGAAUCAUAUUUAGCCUUGAUUUCUACUCGGUUGUGAUUACAUGAUCAUGAUUUAUGUUUUUGAACAGAUGAUCAUUUUGUAAAUCCAAUCUGAUUGAUUUUUGAUCUACUUUCUUGAAAAAGGACAUUCCUUGUGGACUGCAGUCUGGAUGACGUCAUUCUAAUAUUGUCUUGGAGAGAUGUUAGCCAGUUCACAGUAAAGUGAAAUCAAUCUAUAACAGUAUUAUGAAAAACACAUUGACGCACACUAAUACAUAAUACUGAUAUAGGAGUACAGUUACGACAAUUCCAUUUAUUUUCUAUAGCCCAAAAUCACAAAUUUGCCUCAGAGGGCUUUGCGAUCUGUACACAUGUGAGAUC